GCCGUGCCGGCGGCGCUGGGGGCAGAUGGCGGAGGGCGGCCUCCCCGGCGGCGGGGACCCGCCCGCUGCCUCGGGCGGGCAGGCAGGUCGUAACCUGAAGGAGUGGCUGCGGGAGCAGUUCUGCGAUCACCCCAUCGAGCACUGCGAGGACACGCGGCUGCACGAUGCGGCCUACGUGGGGGACCUGCCCACCCUCAAGAGCUUGCUGCAGGAGGAGAGCUUCCAAAGCCGGAUCAACGAGAAGUCGGUGUGGUGCUGCGGCUGGCUGCCCUGCACGCCGCUGCGCAUCGCUGCCACUGCCGGCCACGGGCCCUGCGUGGACUUCCUCCUCCGCAAAGGGGCUGAGAUCGACUUGGUGGACGUGAAGGGGCAGACAGCCCUCUACGUAGCUGUGGUCAACGGGCACCUCGAGUGUGCCAAGAUCCUCCUGGAAGCUGGGGCUGACCCCAACGGCAGCAGGCACCACCGCAGCACCCCUGUCUACCAUGCGGCACGUGUGGGCCGGGCAGACAUCCUCCAGGAGCUGAUCAGGUAUGGUGCAGAUGUGGAUGUGAAUCACCACCUCCCUUCCCGGAUGCCCAGCCUGUCCCUGCGGCCCCUCACCACGCUCGUGGUCUGCCCACUCUACAUCAGCGCUGCCUACCACAACCUCCAGUGCUUCCGGCUGCUGCUCCAAGCUGGAGCCAACCCAGAUUUUAACUGUUGUGGGCCCAUCAACAUCCAAGGCUUCUCCCGGGGCUCCCCAGUGUGUGUGAUGGACGCUGUCCUGCGGCAUGGCUGCGAAGCGGCGUUCGUCCACCUCUUGAUUGACUUUGGAGCCAAUCUGAACCUGGUGAAAGUGGAGGCCCUGGGAGUCGAACCCACAGGAAGGGUCAAAGUCAACCCUGAGGCUCUGCAGGUGUUCAAAGAAGCAAGGGGCCGCACCCGGAGCCUCUUGUCUCUCUGCCGCAUAGCUGUACGAAGGAUACUUGGCAAAUCCCGGCUGGAUCUGAUCCAUAGCCUUCCAGUCCCAGACCCCAUUAAACAAUUUCUACUUCAUGAACACAGUUAAAGGGCAACUGGCUGCUUUCUGGGGCAGUUUGAGUCGGUAAAGGCAUGCGCUGAUAAAGCCAGAUGCCAAUCCCAACCCUUCCCUCACAGUGACAUACUGUGGUGCUCAUGGAGUGCACAUAAUUCCCUGCCCCUGUGAUUUUCCCCUCCACAUUUAGGGUGCAGUGAUUUUGUGUGUCUAUUCUUAAGCUACUGAUUAUCUCACUGGUGAUCUCUUGUUUGCAACUGGUUGGGCGAUGAGGCCGAUAAGUGUGUGUGGCUGUUACAUGAGCAAAUACAAUACAUCCUGUAGCUGUUAGCAUAUGUCUGUUUGUUAUGACUCUACCUCUGUUCUUAACCUCUGUUACACACACCUUGGGUCUCAGCAUGGGGAAAGUGUCUUUCCUCUUCUUAUAGUGUACAAGGGAGUUUCUCCUCACCGUGGUGAAGUUUUUACGAGAGCACUGUUCUCUUUCUGCCAUCACUACCUGGCCUUUCUUCUUCUGUAUGAAGUUUGUGAUUGCUGCUGUAAAAAUUGGUGUAUUUUCUUCUGUCCUCAUGGUGUGAAAUGCAUCAUUUCCUGUCCAGUGCUGGGUGUUACUUGGAAAAUUGUAUCUUGGUGCUGCAAGGUGGCUUUCUUCGUGUAGAAGCUUCAUCACACAGGUGGGAGAGUAGCAGAAUAUGUAAUCCUACCCUGUCUGAGUCAUUUCUACAGAGCACCAGAGCUGCUGUGGCAGCUUGGCUCUCCCUCCAGCACUGUAAUGGACAAGGCAGGGGCUGGCUGGUCUCAUCCUGGGACUGGGUCAAGUCUUGUGACUGCUGCCAUAGCAUGAGUGAGCAGAUGUGAAGAUAAGAGAAAAAGGUAGUUUCACCUCUGGAAACUCAUAGCUCCACAGCCUGUUGUGGGGAUGGGAUCCCUACUGCAGCGGUUGUGGGGCAAGGACUGUGGCACUCAGAUGAAGCCAGCAUGUAAACCUGAGAGAUUGCUAGACUACGUUAUGGAAAAGCAGUGCCUAAACUCAUCUUCUCUUCCCUGUAAAAUGGGUUUGAAUGUUUGAGAGUGACCAAGAGCAACAGUUCAGGGAGAGGCUGCUGAAUUAAAUGGUUAUAUUGCUGUUCUGGAUGGUAGUUGAUGCAAUGCCUGUGAAUAUAUCUGUAUGAUUAUGAAGAAAAAGACACCAAAAGACUGCCUGAUGGCAAUGCUGCACUGAUGAUGAUGUUACUGAAGGCCCAGUAAAGUAGCUGACAAUGCACAGCACAUAGAAAUAGAAGAUCCUACCUAUCUUUUACUCUAUAUCCCACCGUGUCAGUAUGACCUCCCAGAUCCACUUCACAGGUAUUUGUGUUUGCAUACUGCUCCUACCAGCAUUAUGGAAAAGGGAGAAGAAAGGACUUUUUGUCUUUUAUUGAAGAGUUAGGAGUUUAUGUGCUUCUAAAUGCAGCCUUGCACCCAGCAGCCUGGGCUCCUUUGAUUUCCAUUGUUUGCCUUCAUGUCACAAGCUCACAGGAUAGGCUCACUCUGCAGUGAUUUGACAGCCUUUCCUAGGGAUCUCAGGGUCAGCUCCUUGUAUAGGAGACAUUGUCAAAAUAGCAACUUUAGAAGGACAAAGAUGAUGGUCCCUCAGGAUCUGGGGUAAAAGCUCAGGUGAUAAUUGGUAUUUGCUUUUACUUCACUGAUUCGAGUGCUUUCUGGUUGAGUUUUUGGAUAAUUUUCUCUUUGCCAGAUGUUCUUCCCAUGCUUAUGCAGUUGGCAGGGCUCUUUUUCCAGAUGUGAUCUUAAAGAUGAUGGGGAUUUAUUUAUUGUAUGGUAUUAGUGCCUAGGGACCUGUUGUUGAGAGCUGAGUUAAGCAUGGGAUGGCAGGAACAGUAAGACAUCCUCUCUUGGGAAUGGACUUGGUCUGAUCACUUUUCUCCUUGCACUAUGUAUCAGCCUUUGGCUGAUACUAGAGGAGCAGAUCCUCAAGACUUGCCCCAUAGGUCUUGACACUAUUAGUUAGAAAAUGUUCUUUUUUUCUUUUCCAGAGGUAUAAAUGAACACAAAAUCAGUUCAGUUUCCUGUCCUCCCACGAUGAGAUGCAUUAAGGAUAGAGUUUGAUAAGCAAUGAAGGACUUCCUUGUAUGUUUUAUUAUCUGCUGAAGAACACGUGCCUUUUGAAGCUGCUUUCAGAGGAGGAGGAAGGGCAAGUCCCUGCUUGUUUCCUGUUACUCCAAUUCCAUGGCCAGGCCUGGAGGAUCCAGCUUGCCCCUUACAUUGCUUGACUCCCUGAUUUUGGGGUAAGGUGGCAAAAUCUGUGCUAAAGCGUGAUGGUUACAUUCAGUGCUUAGAUGCCAAAGCAAAUGGUACUUUGAAAUCCCUCCUCAGGUGAGAUAUAAUGGCAAGGCUGUGUGGCUGUAGGCAUGCUCUCAAGGUGAGAAGGCAGCAGUUUUGCACUGUUUCCUUUUCAGGCUUGCAGAUGGUUUAGGUUUUCACCAUGCUGGAGGCCAGGGCAGCCCAUGAGCAUGUUGCCUGUGAGAGUUGUGCGCUUGCUUUAUAGAAGUGUUAACAUGCCUGAAAGAUGCAAACAGGUUGUAAAGCCUCUUGUCACCUUACUGGAAGAACCAUAAUGUUUUGCAGGAGCACAGGCCGAACAUACUUUCCAGCUCCAGUGUAUAGAGGCAGAAAAGGAGGUAGGUUGUCUUGAGAAAGUGCCAUGGUUAAUUCUUUUUCCCCUUUGAUUUUUUACUUAGUUUUGUACCUAUUAGUGCCUUUUGGGUGAAGGUGGCAGGAUGGGGAGAGCUGGCUCCGCCUGGAAUGAGAUAUGGUGUGAAUGGUAGAAGGUGGCCCAGGGAAAUUCAGAGAAUUUAGUUAACUCAGUGCCUGAUGUAACUGAAAGCCAGGGCUCUGCAGAUGAGCUGUUACAGUUUUAAUUCUAGAUGCUUCACUAUUAGGUUUGCUGACUGUUGUGCCCUUGCCUGAUGCUGUCCUGCAGUGUGCUUAUGGAGAGCCAGCCAUUGCAUCCUGACCAGUUUAGCAACAGUGCUCCCUUCCACAACACUAACUCCAUGUGAGUGAAAUUGUGAAGAGCUUCCUCUUCCCAUGCACAGAGUCAAUGCCUGGUACUGCCAGGAUUCCUCUGUAGGCCCUACUUGUAAAGUGAAGCCAUGCUGGAGGUGGAGACUUUGGCCUCUGGGUAAUUCUUUUGACCUCAAGCUUGAAAAGACUACAUGAAUUUUUAAAUCCAUCUGAUGUGGAGUCAUGAUCAUGGAUAUCUCUGAUCCACAGUCAAAAGAUGGUUCUCCCAACCCCCUAGCAAACAAGCUUGAAGUUCAUCAAUCCCUUAGACAUCUGCAGAGUCAAAGCUUUGAAGGGCAGGAGGCAUUUUACCUGGACCCAUCCAACUGCCAUCUUACUGAGGCACUGUGCCUCCUGCAUAGGUCUCUAUGUUAAACUUGGAGGGUCUUUCAGUCUUGAGGGCCUGAAGGGAGUCCGACUCAACGGGACAACUCACAUAAUGUUAAGCCAUAAGUGCAAAGACAAAUGUUAUUAGAGUAAGUCCCUGUGGAUGUUGGUUGCUGAGGCUACAUAAACCCAGCUUUGCCUAAGUGAAAUGGUUUAAUGCACAGACUUAGAUCUGGAAUUUUCAUUGUAGGGAGAUAAUAAUGAACCCCACAGACCUGCAUGUCCUGUCUUGUAGGGCCAAAACCUACAUGCUCUGGCUGUCCCUGUACUUUUAAGCUGAAGAAACAAGUCUUCCAAUAUGAUAUGUGAGUAAUAUGUGCAUAUUAUAUGUCUUUGCACUAUAUAAACAGCAUUUAUUUUUGCCUUAACUUGGACUUCACCGUUUUCUCCUAUGUGUUCUCUUUUGUAAAGAUGUUCUUUUCCAUGUUGUCAGAUAACAUGAGUAACAAAUGAGUAUCCUGAAGUCAUGGGUGGGAAAUUAAACUGUUUGUGUGCACAUCCCCUAAA